CUGAAUAGAAUUCAAUGCAUUACCUUUCAAUGUUCUCCCGAAACAGAGUUCAGGAUUUGAUCCAUGCUCGGAGGAUUACGUCUUCACCUACCUAAACACGCCUGCAGUGCAGAAGGCACUUCAUGCCAAUGUCACUGGAAUUCCUAGAACAUGGGACUCUUGCAAAGACACCAUAUUUUAUAAUUGGAAGAACAUGCCGGGACACAGUAUUACCCAAAAUUAAGAAGCUGAUGGCUAGUGGAAUUCCCAUUUGGAUCUACAGUGGAUAUACAGAUGGUAGAGUCUCAGUAACAGCAACUCAGUAUUCACUAAAAAACUCAGGGUGCAGUAAAGACUCCAUGGUACUCUUGGUACCUCCAUGGUGAGGUAAGAAAGGCGCAUGUUUUGAAAAGAUAUUUCCCUUGGUACCUCCAUGGUGAGGUAAGAAAGGUGCAUGUUUUGAAAAGAUAUUUUGUACUUUGGUUAUUACUUUUAAGUAAAAGAUGUUACUUAUUUUGAAAGUAAUUUUUAACACUUGUCCAUCUCUACUUAUUAUAGCAUCCUAAGAAGAUUUGUCUUAUUAAUUUGGGGUUGGAG